ACUUCAGUAUUUACUGGUACACCGUGUGGCUCGUACUAGUUUUCACUUUUUCGGGUUUUACCUUCUUUUUACUAUCUGGAACGCAUUUCCAAACGGAUUUUAACAGGUGGAUCGUGUUUGUUGUACAAUUCUAAGCGGAUCAGAAACAGACUCGAAAACGGAUGUAAAACGAAUAAUAUCGAAAAACAUGUUCCUGCCGUUAAGCGCUUUCGAAUAAAUUAAUUCGACGACUGCCAGCAUUCAGGCUGCUAUCAUGCUGGAAGCACGUAAAAGGGCGGGUGAAGUCAACUUUAGAUGAAGUGCAUAUUUUCAGAGCACCUUUAUUGGGUGCUUCUUGUAAUCUUUAUUAGUAAUGUUAUUGGUGAAGAUGAUACUCCUAGAUUACCGACAACAAAUGCUAAAUUGCCCUUGAUGAGGAAACUUAACAUCCAUCGGAAACCAUUAAAAGAUGACCCGAAAAAAAAUGUUUUUUCACAACCACCUGAUGACAUAACAAGUACAACUAGUGUAAGUCUGGAACAGAACAUAAAUCCGCCCAACCGGACGGUGGACCAUUUCUCAAGAAAUACCGUUCCUGUCGUUGGACCUACAGAGGCGACUGGAAAACAAAAUGGCAGAACGAAAGGCGGAUCCCCAGGCCCGGGGUCGCUCCUUGUGUUCAAGACACUCACAACAAAAACAUUCGGCGAUGGCACUAUUGAUUUACCUCCAACCGGUUGGGCCCUAGCCUCCAUGAAGACCUCAAAAAACACAAUCGGGUCCAAUGUAGUGUUCAAACGGCCGACCACAACACCAUCUGUAAUUAUUAGCGACUAUUGGUCCAACAGACUAUCCAAAACCAGCACUCCUUCCAGUUUGAGUAAUGAAAGUGGUAUGCAGCAAGAUGCGACAGCUAUGAGCAGCGAAAAGAAUGAAACAUCACCUACUACAAUGCCACCCUCUACAAUGUCACCCACACCCUCAAUUCCUCUCAUACACAAUUUUACAGAUGUUGCAAUGAUUGACAUAUUAAACAAUACUAAACCCACUAUAGUUAAAGAUAAUACUUCAUUACCCACUGAUAAUUCAGAACCAAAUAUAGUACUAGAUAAAAUAAUAGGAAAUGUGUCUACUAUUGACAAUCUAGUGAAAAUAGUCAAGUCUGAUGUGAAAACCAUCGUCAAGCCUAAUAGAAAUAUUUCACUCGAGAGUGAACAAAGGAAAACCUCUACUGAAAAAACAUCCCUUGCCCCGCCUAAUGUAGACAAUGUCCCUUUUGAAGUAAAUGAAACAAAAUUAAUCGAUCAGAGCACUACUUCUAUGACGAGAGCGACAAAUGCAACUCAGCAACCGAUAUUAGAGAUGUCAACAGAGUCGAACCUUAUUGAAAACAAUACUACGACAAAAUUGGAUAAUGAUUCCAUUCCAGUUGUUAAUAACACAAUAGUUGCAAAAAUGCCCAAACCAGAGAUUUCAACUCUAUCCACAAAAAUAGAACAGACUGCUGAAACUUUUACAACGAUUGGUAACGAUAUCCCAGACAUAACACAGAAAGUAAAGAAAAGUAAUUUCACAGUAAAAGCUAAUACUCCACACAGAGAAAUAAAUCAGAAGCCGAAUGAAUUUUCGUCGACAUCUGCUGUGCCCUUAAUUGUAUCAACAGUUUCAGCCAAUGUAGUAAGUUCUACAACUCCAACACCACCAGUUUCUACUUUUAUAACGUCUACUUCUGAUGAGUUUAUUACAAUUGCCGAUGUGAAUAAUUCAAACACUGUGAAUACAACAAUGAAGUCAACCACCCCCCUCAUAAAGGAAGAAACUCUAGCUGAAAGCAUGCAGAAUGAAACUUCCACAAAACAUCCCAUAACAGAAAGAAUAGAUGUUGUUUUUGAUGAUGAUGAUGAUAAUAAUAAUGAUGGUGGUAAUGACGAUAUUGAAGAUGACAUGAAAGAAGAAACAACUGAAACACCAAUGACACAACUGAACACUAUAAAAAAUGUCACAUUACUUAAUUCGAUACUUGAAGAGUCUACCACUCAGUACGCAAUGACGUCUAAAGAAAGCAAAAACCCUGUUCAAAUGACUACACCAAUGACAACAGCUAUAAAGCCUGAUAUAAACUUAUCCAACAAUACCAUGACAAUGUUCUCUUCAAAUCACAGUUAUUCUAAUAAUAAAACAGGGCAAGAAGUAAAUGAAGUGACUCACAAAAGUACAACUGAAAAGGCAGAUAUCUUGGAAAAAGUAAAUGAAAUCAACCAAAAAAUAGUUACAGUAUUGAAUGAAAAAUCAACUACAGAAGUACCUACAAAUCAGAUCAAAUUGUCAACUACUACAAUUUUAAGCCAGGAAAGCACUACUACAGACAGCUUUAAAAAAAACACCACACCAGAAAUCAUUAUAACAAAUUUAACAAGCUUACAUUCUGAUGUUGAAAACAAAACAGCAAUCAUUUUAAAGGAAACUGCUGAUACUGAUGAAGAUGAUUCUUUUUUGUACAACACAACUUCUUUUGAAAAAAUACCAAAUGACAGUGACCUAGAAGAAGAUGAUGAUUCAGAAGACGUAGAGAAAGACACAGAACCAGGAUUAUUGUACACAACUUUGAAACCUACUGAAUCAAGUGUCGAAGAAAGUCAAACACCAUUGACCGUUACCAUUUUCUCAAAGGUAGAACCAAAAAAGAUUCCAAGCGUCGAUGAUGAAAAAGCGACUGAGAUGUAUGGAAUACCGAAGAACGUCGAAUUGGAAAUUCAAGCGAUGUAUGGAGAAAUGUGCAAUGCUAAAGAGGAACUCAAAGAUGCAAUUGCCAAACUUCUUAGAACUUAUGCAGAGAGGGUAGUAAGUACUGAGCAGGUGAAAAUUCUUGAUUUGGGACCAAGCGAAUGCUUGGAAGAAAACGGCCAAAUGGACAUUUCACCUGCUCGUGUCCAUUUAAUAUUGACCGAUAAAGAUGGGCAAUAUAGCAAAGUACUAACAGAAAUUGUUGUCACUCUUAUCCAAGAUGGCCAUUUUCAGUUUAAAUACCCCAUAAAUAAAGUUGAUACUUUGAUAACUCCAAUUGAGAUGGCAAAUGAAGGACAAUUAGGCGGUACAGUUAUUGCGGCUAUAGUUAUUUCAUCAAUCGCUGGAAUCAGCUUACUUGUUCUGACAAUCCUUUUGGUUAUUAUGAGAAAGAGGCAAAAAGGGUUCAAUUAUGGACAAAGGUGCACACCGGUUUCACUAGAUGAUUACAGCCUAGACAAUAUUUCUGUUUACAAUAGUGUGCGGAGGAAAGCGAUGAGAGCUUCAAAAAGAUCCUACGGAAAUCCUGCUUUUGAUGACCCUGUAGCCAUAUCAGUGCCGCUUAAUUUUGCCGGCUUGACUAAUGCUGUGAGCGACAAAGCUAAACUAGAAGAAGAAUUUUCUAAAGUUCCUAUGGUGACAGUUAAGCCCGAUGAGUUACCGAUGGGUGCAGAAGUGAAAAACAGAUAUGCUAAUGUUAUUCCACUCCCUGAAACAAGGGUUCAUAUUAACACUUCGACGACAAAUGAUAUUGUAGAGCAAUUUAUAAAUGCAAAUUAUGUGAAGGGAGCCAAAGGUGUGGAAAAGUUUUAUAUCGCAUGCCAGGCCCCAUUGCCAAACACGAUUGCAGACUUUUGGCAAUUAGUCUGGGAACAACAGUCAAAGAUAAUCAUCAUGUUAACAGACCUACAUGAAAAUGGAGUGGAAAAGUGUGCUGAUUACUUGCCACCGUCAGAAGUUCUUGAUUGUCACCGUGUUUUUGGAGAUCUACAGGUUACUUUGAAAAAAAGGGAAACAAGAGAAAAAUACAUAAUCUCCAACCUACAGUUAAAGAACCUAGAGACGAAUUCAUGGAGGGAAGUGACCCAUAUGUGGUACAUAAGUUGGCCAGCCAGAGGUAUACCUGAUGACAAAUCGUCCAUCAUUGCCUUCCUUAUAGAGGCGAGGUCGUACGCCAAACCAGGGCCUCCGGUUGUAGUACACUGUUCUCCAGGAACUAGUCGCACCGGCACAAUCAUCGCCAUUGACAUCGGGAUAAGGGACUUUGAAACAGAUCGAAUAGUAGAUAUUCCAAAAACCGUUUACAAUAUCCGCAAAGAGAGAGCUGGUGCUGUCCAGACCAACGAACAGUACAGGCUAAUUUAUGAGGUUUUACAUCUUUAUGCGACUAAAUUGACCGGCGGUGGACUUGAUUCAAUCUAACUUUAUUAUUAUAUCACAAAAAAAAAAAAUGGAUAUGUGAUCUGAUUGUGAAUAACACUGUAUAUUUUUAACACUUCUAAAUUAUUGAAGACAACCAUGCCGUAAUGUGCCUUUGUAAAUAAAAUCUGUUUUGUCUCUAUUGUUGAGAAAAUAGUUGAGAAAAUAUAAAAAAUUAUAUUCAAUUUGUUAAAUUUUUUUUGAAUUUUGGUUUAUAUUUGAUGACAAUACAGGACCAAAGACUUUUUCUUUUGUAAAUAUGUUUUAUUGUUAUGUAUAUUACCUCUUAAAUUCUUCCACGCCUUGCACUGUAAUAAUCUUUAAAAAUAAAAUACAUUUUUGUGCAAAUGAAGAAAGAUAAGGGACCAUUUGAACUGUGAUCUGUUGUAUUCUUGUUUUCAAGUUUAUUAUAGCACAUAUUAUGUAUUCACAUUGCUUAAGUUAUUCAUUAAAUUGUUAUUAGGGAAGUGUAACAAGCUCUCUUCAUUAUUGUCAAUUGGUGUACAUAAAUAAGUGUACGCUUCUGAAUAAUUUGACGUUAAUAUAAGAUUUUUAAGAGUAUUUAUGUUAUUCAGUGCUUAAUUUAUAAUUAUCAGUUUAUUAUAUUUUUGUACUGAUAUGUUGAACAUAGAAGUGUUUAGAAUAGUGACCCAAGAACAGACAUAUCACUCUUUUUAUUGCUUUAAUGAUUACAAGCGUAUUGAUUGUAUUUUGUUUGUAAAAUAAAUAAUUAGCAUUGAACGUUA